UCGAACAUUCGAUUGAAAAACUAUGAAUGUGUGUGUUUAGUGUAAAAAAAAAAUUUUAAUUCAACUUGUUGUCAGCCACCUGAAAUAGUCUACUGAUUUGAUUGAGAUUCAUCAUCAUCAUUAUUAUCAUCAUCAAAAAAAAAAAAAAUGUCAACAACAUAUGUAACAGAUGAAUCUGGUACAAAAUUCAUUGCCAGUUCACAAAGGCCAGAUGGUUCAUGGCGUAAAGCACGUCGUGUAAAAGAUGGUUAUGUACCACAAGAAGAAGUGCCAAUCUAUAUGGCCAAAGGUAAACGUGAACAACAACAACAACAACAUGAACAAAAAAGGCCUUCGAAACCAUUAUCGGCAGAUGCUCAGCCAUUUUAUCAUUUGCCUCGUAUCGAAAUGGAAAUGCGUACAGUAACCUUGGAACCAGAAGUAUUGACGCCAUUGAAUAAAACUUCCGGAUCAUCAUCAUCAUCAUCGAAAAUAUCAUCAAAAUCAUCAUCAUCAACAUUAAUGCAACAAUUUAAUAAUUUUGAUUUUGAUCAACAAUUGGAUCAAAAUAUUUACAAUACAUCAUUAUCAACAAAUACAUCAACAACAUUAUCUAAUGAAUGGAAAGUGGUCAAAUCAAAAAACUCAUUACAACAACAAUCAUCUAAAAAUGAUAAUAUCGUUGAUGGUAUAUCAUCUCAAAUAGCUCAACAACAACAACAACAACAACAACAGCAGAAACCAAUGGCUGUAAAUGAAUGUGGUCAACCAUUAGCCACUGAUCCAGUUAAACGGCUAAGAAAUUUGAAAAAGAAAUUGAAAGAGAUUGAAACAUUGAAACAAAAAAAUUUAGCAGAAUUAGAAAAAGAACAAUUACAAAAAAUACAAAGAUAUGAUGAAAUUGUUGGCCAAAUUGAACAAGUGACUAAAUUAUUGGAAGAACUUUGAAUAUAUAUGAACCAUCACAAUCCAUUUUAUGUAUUUCGUUGUUGAUGUCUUUGUUUUUAAUUCAUCAUCAAUCCAUCCAAAUUUUCAUCUCUUGUUUUGCGUAUAUAUAUAUAUAUAUGAUGGGUCAGCAUCAUUUUAUUUGUCCGGAUUGUUUGAUUUGUUUUUUUUUUUUGUUUAA